ACUAAAGUGAAAUAACCGUGUUGGUUCUCGCUUUAAAGCUCUACAUGGAGACGUGCGACAAGUUAUCCUGCGAAUACUGCAAAUCACCGCCGCCAAUCACAUCGCUUGUUUCCCUACGGGUAAACUCGCCAGCCGCUCGUGCUUAGGGUUGCCGCCGGCGCAGAAACAUCAUGCGUCGGUGUUUCGCCCCGAGCCAGCUGGCCAAGCGGCGAUGUGUUCAGGAGGACGAAAACGGCGUCUCGGUGCGUAACGCGAAGGAAACGCACUCCAACGGGGACUCCUGCGAGAACGGCGAGCGGGUGGUGCUCAGCAAACACGAGGCGUUCAUACGAUCGCUGCUCUGCAAGCCGUACAAGGUACCCAUACCGAACUACGUGCCGAGCCUGCAAAGCCGCUCGUUGGGACUCAAGCGAACGUCGGGGCCCCGGCCCCUGCACGAUCCCGACGAAGAGGGCGCCCUGGUCUUGUACGCGCCUCCCGCGCUGACCAACCACGAACAGAUGACGGGAAACAGUCGACUCGUGCACGUCGUGGUGGAUCCAGUGCUCACCAAGGUGCUGCGUCCCCAUCAACGCGAAGGAGUCAAGUUCAUGUGGGACUGCGUGACUGGAUGCCGCAUCGAAGGCAGCUACGGCUGCAUCAUGGCCGACGAGAUGGGACUCGGAAAGACGCUGCAGUGCAUCACCCUACUGUGGACGCUGCUGCGACAGAGUCCGGAGUUUGCGACGCCCACCAUCACGAAAGCGAUCAUCGUGACGCCCAGCAGUCUCGUGAAGAACUGGCACAACGAGCUGUCCAAGUGGCUGGGUGAUCGAGUCCGCUCCGUUGCCAUCGAAAGCGGAAGCAAGGCUGAGAUCGACUCCGAGAUUCGCAGCUUCAUGACGACUUUCGGCAGGCGUGUCUGCACCCCCGUGCUGAUCCUGUCGUACGAGACUUUCCGCCUGCAUGCUGCAGCGCUACAGAGUGGCGAAGUGGGGCUUGUCAUUUGCGACGAGGGACACCGGCUCAAGAACUGCGAAAACCAGACGUACCAUGCCCUGAACGGGUUGCAGACGCGAAGACGCGUGCUUCUGUCGGGGACGCCCAUCCAGAAUGAUCUGCUCGAGUACUUCAGCCUGAUCCACUUCGUUAACCAAGGCAUCCUGGGUACGGCGCAGGAGUUCAAAAAGAAAUUUGAACUGCCGAUCUUGAAAAGCAGGGACUCGUGCUCGACCGACGCUGACCGUGCGCGUGGUCAGGAGAGACUAGACGAGCUCAUAGGAAUUGUGAACCGCUGCCUGAUCCGCCGGACUAAUGCACUCCUGUCACGUUACCUGCCUGUCAAGAUGGAAUACAUCGUUUGCUGUUCCAUGACAGUGAUGCAGCGCACAUGGUACGAACAGCUUGCCUGCAUGAAGGGCACCACCCCACUUGCCAACAUAACGCUUCUCAAGAAGCUCUGCAACCACCCAUCGCUCGUGCGCGAGUGCUUCCCGGAAGACGAGAGGAUGUUUCGCGGGCCUUCGGUGCAGCCCGAGCUGUCGGGCAAACUGCGCCUGCUCGACAGUCUGCUGGCCGUGAUCCGAAGCACGACCGACGACAAAGUGGUGCUCAUUUCGAACUACACCCAAACACUGGACGUAUUCGAAAAGCUGUGCCGUGAGCGUGGUUAUGGCUUUUUUCGACUGGACGGGAGCAUGACCAUCAAGAAGAGGGCAAAGAUUGUGGCAUCCUUCAACAUGCCAUCCAGCCCAGAGUUCGCCUUUAUGCUCAGUAGUAAGGCAGGAGGUUGUGGACUCAAUCUUAUUGGAGCCAACAGGCUGGUGAUGUUCGACCCGGACUGGAACCCGGCGAACGACGCGCAGGCGAUGGCCCGCGUGUGGCGGGACGGACAGCGCAAGCCGUGCUUCGUCUACCGGCUCGUCUGCUCGGGCAGCAUCGAGGAGAAGAUCCUGCAGCGGCAGACGCACAAGAAGGCGCUCUCCAGCUGCGUCGUCGACUCCGAGGAAGACGUGGCCAGGCACUUCAGCGCCGCCGAGCUCCGGGACCUCUUCAGGCUGGACGCCGAGGAGGUCCGCAGCUCGACCCACGAGUCCCUGUCGUGUCGGCGCUGCGUGAACGGCAUCGAGGCGCGGCCCCCUCCGGAGGACGCCGACCUCGCGAGCGACCUGUCGCAGUGGCACCACUGCUGGGCCCGCAAGCAGUCCGAAGACCACGUGCUGCGACAGUGUUGGGACUCCGGCGUGAACUUCGCCUUCGCGCAGCGCUCUCACAAGGCGCCGGUGGCCGUGCCGUGAAAUGGGCGAUGCGUCGCCGUCCUUGUUGGAUCAAAGAUGUCGUGUCCAUUUUCCUGUUGCCCACUGUCCUGGAUCUCCAGCGGACGUUGUGAUAUCCGAAUUUUACGCAGCGUUCCUGGCUUCGGCGAACAAUCAGUGUCGUGCCGCGAUUAUGUUUUGUCCUGGAGAUUCAGCUAUGUGGCUCUGCGUCCCAGCACGUCGUGUCCUACAAGAGCGCUGUCGCUACCGAGGUCCUGUGAUGGACAUUCUUUGGACGUUCUGUAGUUGCAUUCCUGCCACCGCGCGGGGAUCGCCUGCAAACCUCGCAAGGCUAGAUCCGCAAACUGCAUCAUCAUCAUCAUCA